AUGGAGGACGGCGCAGAAGGUGAUAUAUGUAGAGUGUGCAGGUCAGAGGGGGCACACGAUCGCCCCCUCUUUCACCCCUGCAUUUGUACUGGUAGCAUUAAAUUUAUUCAUCAAGAUUGCUUACUACAAUGGUUAAAACACAGCAAAAAAGAAUACUGCGAAUUGUGCAAACACAAAUUUUCAUUUACACCAAUCUAUUCACCUGACAUGCCAUCUAGGUUACCUAUAAAAGACAUAGUGACUGGUCUAACUAGAAGUAUGGCUACAGCUGUCAAAUACUGGUUUCAUUAUACAUUAGUCACAUUUGCUUGGCUUGGAGUUGUUCCAUUAACUGCAUGUCGUAUCUACAGAAGUUUAUUUACUGGUUCACUUAGUUCGUUGCUUACCCUUCCUAUUGAUAUGCUUUCAACUGACAAUCUACUAUCAGACUGUUUUCAAGGUUGUUUUGUUGUUACCUGUACCCUGUGUGCCUUUAUUAGUCUGGUGUGGUUAAGAGAACAAAUUUUACAUGGAGGAGGGCCAGAGUGGCUUGAUGAAAACAAUGAAGAACAUCUUGGUGGUGGAGUGGCUGAUGCAGCAGUGGUACCCAAUGAACCUGUAGUGGAACCACCACAACCUGCUGCUGCUGCACCUCAACCCGCUGAAAAUAAUCAGGGUGAUGAAGUAGCGAAUGUGGCAGCACAAGCUGGUGCAGCCAAUGUGAAUGAUGGAGGACAUCAAGCAGCAGUUCAACAACCGGCAAACAAUGGAGCAGAGGCAAAUAAUGGUGCACAGGAGGAUGUCAAUUGGAAUGCACUUGAAUGGGACCGUGCAGCUGAAGAGUUGACAUGGGAACGAAUGCUCGGUCUAGAUGGUUCCCUUGUAUUUCUGGAACAUGUAUUUUGGGUUGUCUCACUUAACACAUUAUUUAUACUUGUGUUUGCUUUUUGCCCUUAUCACAUUGGUAGGUUUUCAGUGAUGAUCUUUGGUUUUGAAGAACAGAUGAGAUGGACAGAAUUUGAUGGGCUUUUAACCACUAUGUGUGGAUAUAUUAUGCUGGCAAUGACCUUGGUUCUCUGCCAUUGUAUGGCAGUUUUAAUUAGCCUCAAGAAAUGUAAACGCAUUCUUGGUUUGUGUUAUGUGGUGGUGAAAGUGUUUCUCCUUGUCGUAGUGGAGAUUGGUAUUUUCCCUCUAAUAUGUGGAUGGUGGCUGGAUAUAUGCUCACUGUCUAUGUUUGAUGCGACCAUUAAAGAUCGAGAAACUAGUUUUAAAUCAGCACCAGGAACAGCUAUGUUUUUACACUGGCUUGUUGGAAUGGUGUAUGUCUUUUAUUUUGCAUCCUUCAUUCUGUUGUUGCGGGAGGUGCUGAGACCGGGUGUGCUGUGGUUUUUACGUAACCUCAAUGAUCCUGAUUUCAAUCCUGUUCAAGAGAUGAUCCAUUUACCAAUCUAUCGUCAUGCUAGACGUUUCCUCUUGUCUAUUGUCGUCUUUGGCAGUACUGUUUUACUUAUGCUAUGGAUGCCAGUACAGAUCAUCAAGAAAUUUCUUCCUAAUUUUCUACCCUACAAUGUUUUACUGUCAAGUGAUGCUCCAGUCAGUGAACUAUCACUUGAAUUACUCUUACUGCAAGUAGUGUUACCAGCCUUACUAGAGCAGGGACAUACUAGAACAUGGCUUAAAAACUUAGUACGAGCAUGGACUGUUUUUGCAGCAUAUAUUUUGAAUUUACGAUCAUACUUACUUGGAGAUGUUCCAUUGCAUGAUACUCAAGGAAUAAUUAUCGGUGAAUACGAUGAACCUGAAAAUAAUGCCGCUCGUGCAAACAUAGUUGAAGAUGAUAACAAUGAUGAGGGUGACAAUGAUCCCACCGAUGAUGAUGAUGAUGAAGAUGAUUCAGAUUCUGAAUUAGAUGAUAAUCAUGACUCUAGUAGUGAUGAAGAUGUUGAGAUGGAGGAUGUUAACGCACCGGGAAUCCCAGCAGCACAACCACUGGUUCCUGCCCAACCGGUGCCUGCUCCUGUUGCUGCUGCUGCUGGUGUGCAUGGUCAAGCAUUACAUGCCGCUCAUGAAGCUUUGUUAAAUCAAGGUGGUCCUACUGGAUUUAAACCCUAUAAAAGACCUAUAUUCUUUGGAGUCCGGCUAAUACUUCUGGUUGGGCUUAUGUGUCUGACUCUAUUAAUAGCCAGUUUUAUCUGUCUGACACUUCCUGUGACGAUAGGGAGGGCCAUCAUGUCACUGUGGAUGGGUGAAUCCAAAGUACAUGAGCUGUACACAGCAGCCUGUGGACUCUAUGUAUGCUGGGUCUUCCUGAGGGCUGCCACAGUCUUCAUGACUUGGAUUCCACAAGGAUGGAUUGCCAUUGCACACAGAGUAAAGGAGUAUGCCAUUCUGGCAUUGAAAGCCCUUAUAGUGGCAGCUUUACUCAUUGGUUUGGUACCAUUAUUAUUGGGAUUGUUGUUUGAAUUGGUGAUUGUAGCACCAUUACGGGUACCAUUAGAUCAGUCACCUGUGUUUUUCCCAUGGCAGGAUUGGGCAUUGGGUGUUUUGCAUACAAAAAUCAUAUGUGCAAUAACAAUGAUGGGACCGAGUUGGUGGCUUAAACGAGCAAUGGAACAGGUCUAUCAAGAUGGAUUCAGGAAUCUCAACAUAAAAUUUAUUCUACAACACUUAGCAGCGCCUGUGUUGUGUAGUCUUUUAUUGGCAUUGACAGUACCAUACUUUUUUGCUGCUGGAGUGCUGCCACUUUUUAGCCUGGGAGAGGAGUUCAAUUACUUCUUUGUGCGCAGGAUCUACCCAUCAAUGCUUCUCAUAGUGGUGGUCAUCGGGGUUGUUUCUUUCCAAGCCAGACAGUUCAAAAGAUUAUAUGAACACAUAAAAAAUGAAAGGUAUUUGGUUGGACAGAGACUCGUCAACUACGAACGAAGACGUACUGCUAAACUUUCUUCUUAACCUGUGUAAAUUAUCAUCAGAAAUCAAUCUAGAAUUUUAUUUUAUUUUUGUGUAUGUUGGUUCUACUGUCUAAAUCCAAACUACCACAUAACUUUAGACAUUUUUUCAAUUGACUGUAAAUAUAAUUUUGUUUCCCCUACUGCCCUUUUUAAUUAAUUAAUUUACAUACAGUUUGAUAUGUUGAUAGGAAUGAACAGGACGAAUUGAUUUUUUUCUGGAUUCCUGCAUGUUUUGUCUGUUUUCAGUCGCGCAUUUAUAUCAACAAUUGACAAGAAUUGUACUGUUUUACGUAUGCUGCAAGUAACAAGUCAUUAUCAUACUAUUCAUCACAUUGUUCAGCUACUUUUUAUAUUUGGGUUUAUGUUGAUUAUCGAUUCCAGAUGAUUUUUAUCACGUACUGAACAUAAAGAUUGUACAGAUUUACUGAUGUUGACGUCUGACUGACACUGAUUUUGGCUGCGGCUGUAGACUGGUUUACUGGUGUAACCCCAUACUGUAACUCUCUUCAAUUUCGCAAGAGACAGAUUUUUGCCAUUCAGUAAAAAUCAAUAUUUGCAGCAGUAAAAAUGUUACCGGGGUGCCAAACACCUAGUCAUACAGCAACUUAUAUUGAUACUUUUUUCCAUAACAAAUUCCAUUAAAUUUUCAAAUAGCGAAAUGCCUAGUCACGAACACAAUUAUUUACAGUACGUCUGAUGUAGAUUUAGUCAAUCAUCAGGUUCAGACAGGUAAAUGAGACAAAUGUACAUUCAAAAUAUGGUUCUGCAAUAAAAUCAAUCGUUUUAUAUUAUAUAAAUGAACCUUGCACAGUUGGUGAUGGUACAGUCUGUGGAAUAUAGCAUAACUUUAUUUUCUUUAAGUUGCUGACAAAUGGUAUAGUAAAUGUCCUUUUUUUAUGCAACUAGGAUAUUUAUUAUGUACAAUGAAUAAAUAAAUAUUUAUCAGAUCAUA